AUGCGGCCGCGCGACGUCUUCUCGUGGCAGAUCGACGCACAGCUGGUGUCGGGCUGUCACGGCGCCAGGCCGGGAUUGUGGCCGGAGGCGGCGUGGUCCGCCAACAUGCCGGGUAGCUGUGGGGAUGGGCCCGACGAGACGCUGGGCCAGCAGACCCUGGAAGCUCUGUGGGACAUGCGCGGUGCUGGCAAGCUCUGCGAUGGUCUCCUCAAGACCUCGGACGAAGGAGAGUUCCCCGUGCACACAGUCGUCAUGGCCAGCUGCAGCGAGUACUUCAGGGCCCUUUUCUGGAGUACUUUGAACAGAGUACUGCGCAAGGAGGUCUUGGUUCCGGGUGUGUCCAAGGCGAUAAUGGCCAUCAUCGUGGAGUUCGCCUACAAGCGUGUCACGUGGGUGGGCUGUGACAACGUGGAGAACCUGCUCGAGGCCGCCGACUACCUCUGCGUUAUGGGCAUGGUCAAGGACUGCUGCGACUUCCUCCAAUCCAUCAUGUCUCCUGAAAACUGCAUAUCCAUUCACAACGUGUCAAAGCUGUACAACUGCUCCGAUCUCGCCUCCAAGGCGUACAACUACCUGAUGCAAAACUUCAUCGAGGUGUCGAAGAAAAGCGAGGAGCUGCUCAGCCUGAACAUCGACGAAGUGGAAGCGAUCCUUUCGGACGAGAACCUGAACAUCGUCAAAGAGGAGACCGUGUGGAAAGCGGUGGUGCGCUGGAUCGAGCACGAUUCAGCCGAUCGGCAGCAGCACAUUGCUCGGCUGCUGCGCUGCGUGCGGACGGGUCUUGUGGACACGAACUUUUUCGUCGAGAAGAUCAAGUCACACAAGUUUGUCUCGGACAACGAAUCUUGCAGGCCGUUGGUCAUCGACACACUGCGGUUUUUGUACGAUCUUGACGUGGUGGUGCACAACGACGAAGUGCCGACGCCCUUGUUCGCUCGUCCCCGCAUUCCGCAUGAAGUCAUGUUCGCCAUGGGUGGUUGGAUGCAAGGAGCCCCCACUGCUUACAUUGAGAGCUACGACACCAAAGCUGACAGGUGGAUAAAGGUCCAGGAGGUGGAUCCCGAAGGUCCCCGAGCGUAUCACAAGUGCGUGGCCAUCGGCAAUGAAAUCUACGUAAUCGGAGGCUUCAAUGGCGACGAAUAUUUCAGCAGCGUGCGAUGCUUCAAUGCACACACGAAGACAUGGCGCUCCGUCACACCGAUGCAUGCCAAGAGGUGCUACGUCAGCGUAGCCGUACUGAACGAAAUAAUCUACGCCAUGGGAGGAUACGACGGUCGUCACAGGCAAAACACAGCAGAGAAGUUUGAUCACCGCACCAAUCAGUGGACCAUGAUCGCGCCCAUGAACAUGCAAAGAAGCGACGCGUGCGCAACCACGCACGACAGCUACGUGUACGUGACGGGCGGCUUCAGCGGGGACGAGUGCCUCAGCUCGGCCGAGAGGUACGACCCGACGGCCGAUCAGUGGACCAUGAUUGCAAGCAUGCGGUUCCGGCGUAGCGGUGUGGGCUGCAUAGGCUUCCGCAACUACAUCUACGCCAUCGGAGGCUUCAACGGCACCAACAGGUUGGCCUCUGCCGAGAAGUACAGCCCGGAGACCAACACGUGGACCAGUCUUCCCAACAUGUACACGCCCAGAAGCAACUUUGCCGCGGCCAUAAUCGACAACCUGGUGUUCGCCAUCGGUGGCUUCGAUGGCCAGAGCACAACCAACCUCGCGGAGUGUUACGACCCGAUCGCGGACCAGUGGUACGAGGCCACGGACAUGACCGAGGCCCGGUCGGCGCUUGCUGCUUGCGUCAUUUCCGGCCUGCCCAACAUUCGAGACUACGUCCACCAGCGCCGCGACAACCUGAUGGAGGAGAAGCGCCAAAAGAUGCUUGACAUCAUCAAGCACCGAGCGCGUCACGUCAACCGUGACAAGAACGCGUAGAAACGAAAAGAAGAAAGAAAAAUUUGCUGCUAUCCUCAAGGCCCAACGCCCCCAGCCCCGCCUUGUCGUGGCCACAAGACAGCUCCAUUGGCGCCAUAACUUAUUAUGCGUUGUUAUAUAGCGACGGAAUUCGUAAACCCAAUAUCUGCGUCGACGCGAAAAAAAACGGACGCCAAUUCAAGACAGCGCUAACUGUUCCCGUUAGGGUACGAUAUGCGAAAUUAGUGUUCACUUCAAUUAUAUUCGACAGAAACGAGAGUCGUCUUCCGAAGUGGUCUUAUUUACGUAAAUUUGUACCUUAUUGAAUCGCUGCAAACUUACACGGAUUAUGCAAGUAGCUUUCAGGACUGCUGUAAAAUUAGCUUAAUUGAAAGCAUCUGCGACACACUUCGUUAAAGUAUGCCACGAGUAUAAGACGCCACUGGAGCGUCAAUGCAAAUAAAAAUCAUUUGUAUGCA